UGUGAAAUUAUUUCGAGACGUGUAUGUGCAUUAUUCUGAAAUAAAGUAUCAAAAUUUUGAACCUGGUAUGCGUGUAUCAAAUUCGCUAAUACAUGUUUUACCAAAUGUGCAUGAUUCCGGGAUGCGCAUAAGCAUUUCAAAGGCAAUUUCAGAACAACAACGCUUGUGA